GGGCGGGGCUCGCCGCGGACGCCGCCAUCUUGGUGGGAGAGAAACAAUAGGACGAGCGCGGCGGCAGCGGGCGGUGGCUGCAGGUAACGCCCGCCCGGCCGUGCCCGCGGUCCCCGUCCGCGCCCUCGGGGAGAGUGACCUGGCCUGACAAGCUGAGGAGUGAAGACAACACGACGCACGGACAAACAGGCGGAGGACGCGCUGGCCACCGGACUCCGCUGCCUCCCCUUCUCCCUGCCGCCUGUGUCCAGAGGAUGAGCCCAGCCUUCAGGGCUGUGGACAUGGAGCCCCGCGCCAAGGGCACCCUGCUGGAGCCCUUUGUCCACCAAGUUGGGGGGCACUCGUGUGUUCUCCACUUCAACGAGACAACCCUUUGCAAGCCCCUCAUCCCAAGGGAGCAUCAGUUCUACGAGACUCUGCCAGCUGAGAUGCGAAAGUUCACUCCUCAGUACAAAGGUGUGGUGUCGGUGCGCUUUGAGGAAGAUGAAGACAGGAACCUGUGCUUGGUAGCGUACCCAUUAAAGGGGGACCAUGGCACUGUGGACAUUGUAGACAAUUCGGACUGUGAGCCAAAGAGCAAGCUUCUCAGGUGGACAAGUAAAAAACAUCACGUCCUAGAAACGGAAAAAGCCCCCAAGGACUGGGUGCGCCAGCACCGGAAAGAGGAGAAGAUGAAGAGCCAUAAGUUAGAAGAAGAAUUUGAGUGGCUAAAGAAGUCUGAAAUCUUAUACUACAGUGUAGAAAAAAAGGGAAAUAUAAGUUCCCAGCUUAAACACUAUAACCCUUGGAGCAUGAAGUGUCAGCAGCAGCAGCUGCAGAGAAUGAAGGACAACGCCAAGCACCGCAGCCAGUACAAAUUCAUCUUACUAGAGAACCUGACUUCCCGCUAUGAAGUGCCAUGUGUGCUGGACCUCAAGAUGGGCACACGCCAGCACGGUGAUGAUGCUUCAGAGGAGAAAGCGGCCAACCAGAUCCGCAAAUGUCAGCAGAGCACUUCUGCAGUCAUCGGCGUGCGUGUGUGUGGCAUGCAGGUGUACCAGGCGGGCACUGGGCAGCUCAUGUUCAUGAACAAGUACCACGGGCGGAAGCUGUCGGUGCAGGGCUUCAAGGAGGCGCUCUUCCAGUUCUUCCAUAACGGGCGGUACCUGCGCCGGGAGCUGCUGGGCCCAGUGCUCAAGAAGCUGGCUGAGCUCAAGGCAGUGCUGGAACGGCAGGAGUCCUAUCGCUUCUACUCGAGCUCCCUGCUGGUGAUCUACGAUGGCAAAGAGUGGCCUGAGGUGGCCCUGGACUCAGAUGCUGAGGACUUGGAGGACCUGUCCGAGGAGUCGGCCGAUGAGUCUGCUGGUGCCUACGCCUACAAGCCCCUGGGCGCCAGCUCUGUGGACGUGCGCAUGAUCGACUUCGCUCACACCACCUGCAGGCUGUACGGCGAGGACAGUGUGGUGCACGAGGGCCAGGACGCUGGCUAUAUCUUCGGGCUCCAGAGCCUGAUAGACAUUGUCACAGAGAUCAGUGAGGAGAGCGGGGAGUGAGCUUGCCGGCUGCUCCAGGAGCUGAGACACUGUGUCCCGGGCACAGCUGUGCUGCGUCGGGGAGGAGGUCAGGGUGGCCAGGUGUGGCCCCUGCAGCCUGGAGCUGACGCGUCGUGGCCUCUGUGAGCCCCAGCCUGAGACAGCCCUGUUUGUGCUCAGAAUCUAUUUAUUUUAACUAUUUCUUCAACAUUCCAAAUUUGAUGAUGCAGAUACCUCUUUCUUCCCUGAGUGUAAAUGUUCUAAUACAGAUGUUUUGUUUAUGGUA